CUUCACCGGGCACACGCCCGUCCCGUCCGGCCCCUCCCUGCUGGGGCGGCUGCCAGGGGUAGGGCUGGGGGUGGAUUCAGACAAGCAGAGAGGAAUAGAGAGACAGCCGGCGCGACAGAGGAGAGACCCCCCAGCCCUUCUGCAGCACCAGGACUCACCAUGAGCUUCCUCCUCUUCGGCGUGACGGCCCUGCACGUCUUUAUCCUCGUGCUGCUUUUCGUCGCCACUCUGGACAAGUCAUGGUGGGUGCUGCCGGAUGAGGAGACCGUCAAUCUCUGGUACGACUGUCUGUACGACAACGCCACCCAGAGCUGGAUAUGUGCCUCGGUGUCUGAAAGCCAGUGGCUCCAAGCUGUCCAAGGCCUCAUGGUCCUGGCUCUGCUCUUCUCCAGCUUCGCCUUCAUCCUCUUCAUGUACCAGCUCUACACCAUGGAGCGCGGGGGCCUCUUCUACGCCACAGGCAUCUGCCAGCUCCUGGCCUGUCUCUCAGUGUUCACAGCUGCCUUGAUCUAUGCUGUCCACGUGGGGGAAUUUCACCAGAGCCGGCAGCAAGGCGGCUCCUUCGGCUACUGCUUCGUACUGGCCUGGCUGGCCUUCCCCCUGGCCCUGAUCAGCGGAAUCAUGUACAUCCACCUCCGCAAGAGAGAGUGACUCCCGCCGCGGGGGGACUGCUCCUGACCACAGCCCUUGCCAGGGGGAGUCACUGCCAUCGGCUGAUCUCUUCCCCACAGCGGCCAGGCUGUCACACAGCACUGUGGCCCUGGAGCCGGCGUGGUCCCACCCAGCUCCCUUUGCCUUGUCCACACUGAGGCACGUGGGGUCGGGUCCCCCUCUGCAUGGGCACCUUCCCUCCUGCCCAUGGCCAGAGCUGCCCCCUACCCCAUGGCUGGCCCACUGUGGGCAGGACAUCCCGCCAGCUAGGAGCGACACUGUCCAAUCGGCUCCCUGACCAGGCAGGGAAUGGGAGCCCCCUGGUCCUGCCUUUACAGUCCCUAGGCCCCAUUGUUUGACCUUGCCUGGCAAAGAUGGGGAGAGGCUUCAUUGCACCCCACUCCGAGUGUGGUUUACAAAUCUGGGGACCUUGCCUGCUUUGCCACCCCUGGCAAAGAUGGGGAGGGGCUUAAAGCCCUUGGCUUCACUCCAGUUGGCAGUUCCACAGUGCAAAGCCCUCCUCCCCUCCACAGGCAGGAGAGGGAUACCAGGGGGGUGGUCCGGGGAAAGUGGGGGGGACACCCCUCCUUCCACAAAGCAGAUAUUUCCAAGCUCCACAGGGAGCCUUCCUUCAGCGGCAUUUCAGCCACGGUUUUGUUCGCACCCAGCCCCGAGAACCAGCCUCUGGCAUUUAUACUUUUGGACAAUAAAAGAUAAUCUUAUCUA